ACUGCCCAAGUCACUGUGGAAUCGGUGCCGCCCAGUGUUGCCGAAGGGAAGAAUGUUCUUCUGAGGGUCCACAAUCUGCCUGGGGAUUCUCUAGGCUAUGGCUGGUUCCGAGGGGAAACUGCAGAGCCCAGCCUUCAAAUCGUAUCAUAUGUAGUAGACACACAAAAUACUAUGGCAGGGUCUGCACACAGCGGCAGAGAGACAAUAUACCCCAACGGAUCCCUGCUGUUCCAGAACAUCACCCUGAAUGACACAGGAUACUACACCGUACAAAUCACAAAGAGAAAUUUUCAAGUUGAACAAGUAACAGGACAGUGGUGCAUAUUCCCGGAGUUACCCAAACCCAGCAUCGCAAGCAACAACUCCAACCCCGUGGAGAAUGUGGAUUCUGUUGUAAUAAUGUGUGGACCUCAGACAGACAUAAGGUACCUGUGGUCAGUAAACAAUGAGAGCCUCCUGGCCAGCGCCAACCUGGAGCUUUCCCUGGACAACAGGACUCUCGCUAUACACGGUGUCACAAGAAAUGACGCAGGAACCUAUGAGUGUGAAACUCCGAACCCAGGGAGUACUGGUUGUAGUGACCCGUUCACCCUGAAUGUUCUCUGUGAGUAACUUCCCUUCCUACCUGGCCCGGGCUGCCAGCCCAAAUCCACAUGCCGGGGGCCAGGCCCAUCCAUCCUUCUGGGGUCCGAGUCCAUGACUCUCAGCUGGACCCCCAGGCUGGCCAUUGCUUCUUGUCCCAGGCCAACCUGGGCAGACCCAGCCUAAGCCAAGACUGGGAGGGGAUGGGCUGUUCCUCCCUGAGAGGG